GAUUAGCCAGUGAAUGCCUUAGAGCAGCACGUUCAGGUAGCGCUUCUUCAUAAAUAUUAAUUAUUUAUCCAAUCACGUAGCCUCUCAUGAAUAUUAAUAAGUUUUCCCGAACCACCUCGCAAAAAGAAAAUUCGUCAUCAGGAGCGGCUGAACCGGAAGCGUAACGUUCAGACACGGCGGACGCAAUGGAUCCUGGAGGAUCGGAGAACGACUGGAGGAGCCUCGCCUUCCGUCAGAAGGUGGUGGCGCAAAUUGAAGAUGCCAUGCGUAAGGCUGGUGCCGUCUCCAACAAAACCAGCAAUGACAUGGAGAGCCACGUGUUCGUCAAAGCCAAAUCCAGGGACGAGUAUCUCUCCCUGGUGGCCAGGCUUAUCAUCCAUUUCAGAGACAUCCAUAAGAAAGCUCAAGGUGGACCAGUCCUACCCACAGCAGACCCAAUGAACGCACUUCACAAUCUGACGGCUGUGGGAACAGGUGGACCCAGUGCUCUGAGCAUCGGACCCCGCCCCACUGGGGCCUCCAUGGGCAGCUUGACCCAAAUGCCGAUGAGUCAGCAUGUGAUUCCGGGCGUCGCUGGAAACCCUCAGCCCAUUGCUAUGCCAACCCAGAUCCAGCAGAUGGUCCAGCAACAGCAGCAGCAACAACAACAGCAACAACAGUUUCCCCAGUUUUCGACCCAGCAGCAGCAGCAGGUGGCCAUGUUGCAGCAACAUCAACAGCUUCACCGGCUGAAGCAGCAGCAGCAGCAGCAACAACAACAGCAACAACAACAGCAGCAGCAGCAGCAGCAACAACAGCAGCAGCAGCAGCAGCAGGGUCAGAACCAGCAACAGCAGAACCAGCAGGCUCAGCCGAUGCUUACAUCCCGCCUGCAGCAGCAGCAGAUUGCCCAGCUCCAGCAGCUCCAGCAACAUCAGGCUCAGGCUCAGGCUCAGGCUCAGGCUCAGGCUCAGGCCCAGGCCCAGGCUCAGGCUCAGGCUCAGGCUCAGGCCCAGGCCCAGGCCCAGGCCCAGGCCCAGGCUCAGGCUCAGGCCCAGGCUCAGGCCCAGGCCCAGGCCCAGGCAGUUCAAGCCCUCCAACAGCAGCAACAGCAGCUGCAGCAACAACAACAGCAGCAGCAGCAGCAGUCCCAGCAUCAGGCCCAGGUCCAGGCCCAGCAACAAGUUCAUCACCUAGUCCACCACCCGCAGCAGCCGCCACCACCUCCCCAGGCCUCCCAGCUGGCUCCUCACCCACAGCAGGCCCUGGGAGGCCAGAUUCCAGCCCAACACAUGCCGAUUGGACAGCUCAGCCAGCAGCAGCAGCAGCAAAUUAAACUGAUGCAGCAGCAGCAAAUGGCCCCCAGAGUCAUGCAGCAGCAGCAGACGUUUGCCCAGCAGCAGCCGUUUGCCCAGCAGCAGCAGCAGGCAGUUCCCCAGCAACAAGCAGCUGUGGUGCAGAGCCAUCUUGUACCUGGACAGAUGAUGAUGAUGGCCCGCUCUGGGAUGCAAAUUCCGCCCCGCCCACCCCGUGCCACGCCGACCUCUGCAGCGCCCCCCAGCGCUGCCACUGGGGGAGGACAGCAAACGCCACAGCAGGUCCCUCAGUCCUCGAUGAUGUCAUCAUCCCCCUCUUCAGUGCAGGUGCCCCCCCCGCAGUCCAUGCCACCGCCCCCCCAGCCGCAGCCGUCUCCACAGCCUCCGACCUCCCAGCCCAACUCUGUCAGCUCUGGCCCCACUCCCUCGCCGGGGGGGUUCCAGCCCAGCCCAUCCCCCCAGCCUUCCCAAAGCCCGGCGAAUGCCCGGACCCCUCAGAACUACGGCGUCCCCUCCCCUGGUCCCCUCAACACCCCAGGGAACCCCAGCUCGGUGCUCAGCUCGGCUGGCGGCUCACCCACAGAGGAGCAGCAGUACCUGGAGAAGCUGAAGCAGCUCAGCAAGUACAUUGAACCGCUGCGGAGGAUGAUUAACAAAAUCGACAAGAACGAAGACAGGAAGAAGGACCUAAGCAAGAUGAAGAGCCUGCUGGACAUCCUGACGGACCCUUCCAAACGGUGUCCCCUGAGGACGUUGCAGAAGUGUGAGAUUGCUUUAGAGAAGCUGAAGAACGACAUGGCUGUGCCCACCCCGCCCCCACCGCCUGUGCCCAGCACCAAGCAGCAGUACCUGUGCCAGCCGCUGCUGGAUGCAGUCAUGGCCAACAUCCGCUCGCCCGUCUUUAACCACUCCCUGUACCGCACUUUUGCCCCGGCCAUGAUGGCCAUCCACGGCCCGCCUAUCACGGGCCCCAGCAUCGCGGCUCGCAAGCGGAAGCACGAGGAGGACGAGCGGCAGACCAUCCCCAACAUCCUGCAGGGCGAGGUGGCCCGUCUCAGCACAAAGUUCCUGGUGAACCUGGCUCCGUCUCACUGCAGCAACAGCGGCACAGUGCAUCUCAUCUGCAAGCUGGAUGAUAAGAGCCUCCCCAGCGUACCGCCCCUCCAGCUCAGCGUUCCGGCUGACUACCCCGAGCAGAGCCCGCAGCUGGCAGACGACGGGCAGCAGUAUGACGCCAACCCCUUCCUGCAGACGGUCCACAGGAACAUGACCUCCAAGCUCCUUCAGCUGCCGGACAAGCAUUCGCUCACGGCGCUGCUCAACACAUGGGCCCAGAGCGUGAAGCAGGCCUGUCUCUCCCCAGCAUAGCGCCAUCCUGCCCCUGAGACCUAUGGCCUGCCAUCCUGCCCCUGAGACCUAUGGCCUGCCAUCCUGCCCCUGAUACCUAUGGCCUGCCACACCUGUCUGCUGAGAAGUCCACACUCUGUUGGCUGCUUUGUGAGCUGUCUGUGCGUUUUAUGAAAUGGAUAGCGACUGAGUGUGAGAGUGCCCUGUGACCCUCGAGCAGUAAACGCCGCCCUUAACACUGUCAGCACGUGCUUGUUCCCCAGUAUAGUCAUCCUGCUCGGUCCUGGUGGGUUUUUUCCGUUUUAAUUACAGCGGAGCUCUUAGUAUAGGCUGUUGGCUAAAUGGAUUGUAUUACACUGCAUUAAACUGAGUUAGUUUGCUGUGACGCCUUGCCUUCUUGGUCUGCAAAGCUUAUUUUAAUGUGAAGUGGGACCCUGACUUGUCAGAGUCCUGCGCACAGCAUUUAGCUUGUUAGCCUUUCUUAGCAUUCUGUCAGUGCCGAGCUCCUUAAGGAUCACGCCCGUAUUCGUUGUCGUCAUGCUUUGGGGUCGGCGGCUUGGGGCACUGUUUGUCCUCUUCAGCACACCGUCCUCUGGAGUCAGCCCCUCUGCAGGGUCCCGGGGGCUCGGCUCCAGUUGCAGGCAGAGUGGAAAGGGAGGGACUUGGCCAGGCGUGAGAGAAGCGCGGUUUCAGAGCGGGAAAUUUCGGCCGGGUUAAUCACAGAUGGCUUCAUUCAUCCAGUACUGAUUUUGUUUUUGUGUAAAUAAAGUGAGAAAAUUACAAA